GGCAGCAAGAUGGCAUCUGCUAGCAGGGUCGUGCAGGUAGUAAAGCCACAUACACCAUCAAUAAGUUUUCCUGACAGAAGAGACAAUCCUAAACCCAAUGUAUCAGAAGCUUUGAGGUCAGCAGGGCUGCCAUCCCAUUCUUCUGUAGUUUCACAGCAUUCUAAAGGAAGUAAAUCACCAGAUUUGCUAAUGUAUCAGGGUCCACCAGACACGGCAGAAAUAAUAAAAACUUUACCUCAGAAAUACAGAAGGAAACUGGUGUCUCAAGAAGAAAUUGAAUUUAUCCAACGUGGUGGUCCAGAGUAAUCACUGUGGCUGCUGUUUUCAUCAAAAAGAAGAAU